UUCAGCCUUUUAUUUCACCAAGCUCUCACCAACCACUAAAAAUGCAUUUCAGCGGCUGUUUGGUCAUUUCCUGUUUCCUGUCUGUGGCUCUGCUCAGCGGUGAUGCCUUCAGGGUCCAACCUGCUCAGUGUGUGGACCGGCCCGUCUCGAGGUCCUUGGCUGGUCUCCGUCCUCGUCCCAGAGGGGUGAAGACGGGGGAGGAGCUAACGGCAAAGCUGCUCCGAUUGGACGAGCUGGUGAGGAUGGAGAAUGAUGUCAUGGAGCCGAAGAGGAAGAGGAGUUUCCCCGGCAACAACGGCCCACUGGACCGGCUGACGGUCAACUCCAUGGAGACCAAACAGGCGACGAGCAAGCAGAGUAAAGUUGUCGAGUUGCCACGGCGACGAGUUAAUCCUCCGCCUGUCGACAGGAUUGGAAUGAGUCGUCUACCAAACAGCCGAGGUUAGGCCACGCCCCCUCCCUCUGAGAGCCCGCCCCUCUGGACAGAUGCAUGAACCAGCCAAUCACAAACCACCGUCACCUGCUAAGCCACGCCUGUCAAUCACCCACGUCACCUCACCUGAACACGCCCCGCCCCCACACACAGCGCUGAACGUUUAACGAUGGUGCGUUCAAGUGCUGCUCAUACAUCCAUUACUCGACACGACAGACGAGUCUGUUUCAUGAUUUUACUAAUUAAACUUCACAAAUAUCAAACUGA